AUGGGAGAUAGGCCAAAUGUAGGCGGCAUUAGAGAGCUAGAGAGAUUUGCUAUAGUUUCUACACCUGCUAAUAGUUUAGCACAUUCUUUGCUACUAUUAUGGGGUCCUGAAGCACAAGGAGAUUUUACUCGUUGGUGUCAAUUAGGUGGUCUAUGGACUUUUGUUUCUCUUCAUGGUGCUUUUGGUCUAAUACGCUUCAUGCUACACCAAUUUGAACUUGCUCAAUCUGUACAAUUACAACCUUAUAAUGCAAUUGCGUUCACUGCUCUGAUUGCUGUUUUUGUUUCUAUAUUCUUGAUCUAUCCAUUAGGCCAGUCUAGUUGGUUUUUUAAGCCUAGUUUCGGUGUAGCAGUUAUUUUCCAAUUUAUCCUCUUUUUUCAAGGUUUUCAUAAUUGGACCUUGAAUCCAUUUCAUAUGAUGGGAUUUGUCAGAGUAUUGGGUGUUGCUCUUCUAUGUGCUAUUAACAGUGCUACCAUGGAAAAUACUUUAUUUGAAGACGGUGAUGGUACAAAUACAUUCCAUGCUUUUAACCCAACUCAAGCUGAAGAGACUUCUUCUAUGGUUGUUGUGAACCAUUUCUGGUCUCAAAUUUUUGGGGUUGCUUUUUCCAAUAAACAUUGGUUACAUUUUUUCAUAUUAUUUGUGUCAGUGACCGGUUUAUGGAUGAGUGCCAUUGGAGUAGUUGGCCUAGCUCUAAACUUAUGUGCUUAUGAUCCUAAAUUUGAAACUUUUUAUACAAAAAAUAUUCUUUUGAACGAAGAUAUUCGAGCUUGGAUGGCGGCUCAGGAUCAGCCUCAUGAAAACCUUAUAUUCCUUGAGGAUGUUCUACCCUAUGGAAACACUCUUUAA